UUAGAAUUUUGAUUGAAUUUGAAAGGUUAGGAAUUGGAGAAAUUAAUUCUUAGAAAUUAAGAGACUAAUAACAACAAAUAGUACACUGUAAUUUUUGUUAUGAGUACUAUUUGACUGUGUACAUAAAAUGGAUCGGCAGUUGUUGAAAAUAUUGAAUCCCGUAUUUACUUCGUUUUAUCGUUCGAAAGGUUUUAGGGCUCGUGGUGGAUUACGAUACCCCGGAGGUAUUGUUUAUUUCCCUAGGUCUCCCGAUUACAAAGACCCUGAAUACACACCAUCGAAAUUGUUUAGGGUAGAAAGAAUUCGUCCUGUUAAAAAUAAUCCGUGGUGGCAAAAACUUAUUUUGAGAGAACUUAAAAUUGAUGAAGAAAACCGAGUAACAAUCGUUAAAAACAUACCUGAAAUAAAUAGCAGAUUAUGGAAGAUAAAACACCUUAUCAAACUGACACCAAUUAGUUUUCCUUAUGGUGAACCAAGUGAAGAGGAUAUAAACCAUACAAUUUUAAAAGAAAAUGGCGAGUGUAUAGUAACAAAAACUUUAGCUCCUCAUCAAAACCAAGUUGAAGCCUUGGACAAAUUUGAUAAUGAUAAAAAUAAAAUGGAUUCAACUACAAUAAAAAAGGAUUCUAGACAUAAAUGGAACAAUGCCUAUGGAGGAGGAUUUUAAUAUAGAAAUUGAUUAUUUAUCCUUUAGUUUUAGUAGAAAUAAAACAGUACAAUAUUAAA